AUGGCCAUGUAUCAAAAGCCGCAUCUCCUCCGCUAUGCGAGGGAGCUAAGGGUUGAGAAAUGGGAAGCUCAGAGAGUAAUCUUCGCCUCCGACUCUCUCCCUCAAUUUGAAAAAGAAUUCAAUCUGUAUGAGGUUGGGGAGUUUAGGCCCGAGGGAGUUAGAGACCUUAUGUGGAGGCCAGAGGGGUGCUCAACCUAUCAGUCGUUGAGUGGAACUCUCGUCGAUCUGUUAAAAAGCAUGCCAAUGCUCGAGAAAUUCAGCUACAAUCCUCAGCGCUAUAACACUUUUUAUUAUGGAUCCAAUAAAACUGCACUUCAAAAGACAGUUUCAUGUCGUCUUCUAAGUCACAGUCCAGCGCAGGGUAUGACAGGGUUGUUAUUGGAUACCUUGAAAAACAUGCCAAACUUAACUAGUUUGACAAUUAACUUUCGGGAUUGGGACCCUUUUGACCCUGCCAACUACGGCCCUAAUAGUGCCAUUGGAUUCAACAGUAGAUACGAACCCCAUCUACAUGGUUUGGUUGGUUUUAAGAAUCUAGAGGAACUUGUCAUAUUAGGAAUCAUGAUUGGAGGCAGGUUCAACGAAAUAGAACGCGUCGUCAAAGAUCGUCUUCUCUCUAACAAGUCUGGAAGGAGAUUGAAGCGUAUAGAAAUAAGAGCUCAUACUGAGUUGUGGGAAUUUUCACAAACUGAACAAGAAUCAUAUGCAACUGGUGCACAUGAACUUCUGUCAUGGGUCAAUUUUAUGUGGGACACAUGUUUUCCACCUUCAAAAAGAUUCAGAAGGAGGGUCCGCAGGUCGGGGCUAGUGGACAUAAACAUCAUUUUUGAGCUCGGUCCAACAAAAUGGCAAUUUAACUAUGAUAAAACGAGCUCUUACUCCUGCUGGCAGAACAUCGCCGCCUUAGACUUACAAGGGCUCCCGACAACAUAUACCUUAGAAACUAUCGAUAUAUUAGUAGAAAGAUUCAGGUUACGUCAACCGCAACAUUUAAAGGUUUUCGCGGUUAAAUGCAGGAUCUGUUACCUAAAGAAAUUUCUCGGUCGUUGCCGUGGGCUGAGAGAACUAUAUGUUCUUGAUCCUGAUAUAACAGACUCAUCAUCCAUAUCUGAUAGGAUCGACAUUAAAGGCAUCCAUGGGGUUUUUGACACAAUAUUUAAACGUCACUUACUUACACUUGAGGUUUUAGUAGUGGAAGAAGCCAUUUGCAUACCCCAGUCGGGCGGCACAAGCGAAGUUAUCAACCCAAUCGAGGGGUGGAAAGACCGUGGAGGGAAGUUGCGUGAACUCGCUGUUAAUAUCUGGGGUCCCUGGGAAGAAAUUAGUCGGUUUUAUCAUCUUUCCAGAACUUGA